AUGGCAGCGCGGCGCGAGGAGGCGCGGCGGCAGCGGGAGGUGUCCGAGUGCUGCCAAUUUAUCCCGCAAUCAAGAGCCAUCGCCCCACUUUGCCAAAUCGCCUCCUGUCAGCCGGCCCUGGCGGUGCCCUUCCCCGAGCCCGGCAUGCCCCAGUGCUCCUGCUGCUCCUGCUCCUUCCCCCGGACCCGCCUGUCCCGUCACUCUGGGGGCUCCUUCGAUGGCUCGCCAAGCUGGCGCCUGGCGAGGCUCUGGGACGACUGCUGCGGCCUUGCGCCUCCUCUCCUGCCGGAGCCAGGGCCCCACCGCGCCGUUCGGGACAGCCACAGAGAGCGCUCCCUCCUGACGGGGCUGCGGCGUGACCUCGGGGAGGGACCCGCUCGGCAUAGCCCGCAGCAGGUGCUCAGUGAAGACCUGCGGACUGAUUGGCUGGUGAUCGACGAGCACCCGGACCAGGCUGUACCUGGGCCUGUCACCCUUUUGAACUACGUGUCCUUCCCUUUGUCGGCAAAGCCUACGCCUGCCCUGCGCCGCCCCGGCCGCACCGUGGUCCCCCCACACUCGCCUCGGAGCGGGCGGGUGCAGGGCGCCGAUGAUGGUGGUCCGCACGGGGCCACGGUGCACGAGGAGCUGGAUGGCAGCUCGGGCGGCAGGAGGGCUUCUUCCCCACAUGGGUCCCUGGCACUCCCGCCCGUUUUGUUGAAGGAGUGUGGGUGCUUGGCAGUAGACCCAGGCAGCGGGAAAGGUUCGAAGCAGCAGCACCUGGACGGCCCCCUCAGUGGCGUGGCCGCCGCGCGGAGAGUGACCUCCUUCUCAGGAAGUCAGCGCAGCAGCCCCGGCUUCUCGGCCGCCGGCCUGCCGGCCAGGCAGCCCGAGCAGCCGGAGGCUGCUUUUCCUGCUGACCGGGCAGAGGUGCUGCGGCUGGCCCGCGGAGACACUCAGAGAUACAGGACCUAUGUCUCUGAUGAGCUAAAGGCUGCCGCCCUAGUGGAGGAAGACCUAGACCCGGAAGAGAGCGCGGCAGAUGGGGAGCCCUCGGCCAAGUACGCGUGCCCCGAGAAGGAGCUCAGCAAGGCCUGCCCCAGCUACCAGAACUCGCCGGCCGCCGAGUUCUCCAGCCACGACCUGGACAGCGAGUCGCACAUCAGCGAGGCCAGCGACCGCAUGGCUGACUUUGAAAGCGGCUCCAUCAAGAACGAGGAGGAGCCCAAGGAGGUGGCGGCGGCGCUGGAAGACACGACCGUGUCGGACAGCCUGGAGCAGAUGAAGGCCGUGUACAACAACUUCCUGUCCAACUCCUACUGGUCCAACCUCAGCCUCAGCCUGCACCCGCCAUCCGCGGAGAAGCACCCCGGCAGCAGCAGCAGCAGCAGCAGCAGCGGCAGCAGCUGUGGGAGCGGCAGCUUCGACUGGCACCAGAGCGCUGUGGCCAAGACGCUGCAGCAGGCGCCGCCGAGCCGCGCCCUGCCCGAGCCCAGCCUCUUCAGCACGGUGCAGCUGUACCGGCAGAGCAGCAAGCUCUACGGCUCCAUCUUCACGGGCGCCAGCAAGUUCCGCUGCAGGGACUGCAGCGCCGCCUACGACACGCUGGUGGAGCUGACGGUGCACAUGAACGAGACGGGCCACUACCGCGACGACAACCACGAGGCGGACAACAACAACCCCAAGCGCUGGUCCAAGCCGCGCAAGCGCUCGCUGCUGGAGAUGGAGGGGAAGGAGGACGCCCAGAAGGUGCUCAAGUGCAUGUACUGCGGCCACUCCUUCGAGUCCCUGCAGGACCUGAGCGUGCACAUGAUCAAAACAAAACACUACCAGAAAGUGCCUCUGAAGGAGCCCGUCACACCGGUCGCAGCCAAAAUCCUCCCCGCCGCUCGGAAGAAGGCGCCCCUGGAGCUGGAGCCGCCCAGCUCCCCGGACUCCACGGGUGGGACCCCCAGGGCCGUGCUGGCCGACGCGAACGACGCGCUCCAGAAGAACGCCAACCCCUACAUCACACCCAACAACCGCUACGGCCACCAGAACGGCGCCAGCUACGCCUGGCACUUCGAGGCCCGCAAGUCCCAGAUCCUCAAGUGCAUGGAGUGCGGCAGCUCCCACGAUUCCCUGCAGGAGCUCACGGCCCACAUGAUGGUCACCGGCCACUUCAUCAAGGUCACGAACUCGGCCAUGAAGAAGGGGAAGCCCAUCCUGGAGACACCCGCCACACCCGCCGUCACCACGCUGCUGGACGAGAAGGUGCAGUCUGUGCCCUUGGCGGCCACCACCUUCACUUCCCCCUCCCAUACGCCGGCGAGCGUCUCCCCCAAGCUGAGCGUGGAGGUCAAGAAGGAAGUGGACAAGGAGAAGGCAGUCCCCGACGAGAAACCUAAGGACAAGGAGAAGCCCUGUGAGGAGGAAGGCAAGUACGACGUCCCCUCUAAGUACCACUAUUUGACAGAAAACGACUUAGAGGAGAGUCCCAAGGGGGGGCUGGACAUCCUCAAGUCCCUCGAGAACACCGUGACGUCCGCCAUCAACAAGGCCCAGAACGGCACCCCCAGCUGGGGGGGCUACCCCAGCAUCCAUGCCGCCUACCAGCUCCCCAACAUGAUGAAGCUGUCCUUGGGCUCGGCGGGGAAGAGUGCGCCCCUGAAACCCAUGUUCGGCAGCAGCGAGAUCCUGUCCCCCACAAAGAGCCAGACCCUGGUCUCCUCGCCCGGCAGCCAGACCUCGCCUGGGCCCAGGACCAACUUCCACGCCAUGGAGGAGCUGGUGAAAAAGGUCACCGAGAAGGUGGCCAAGGUCGAGGAGAAAAUGAAGGAGCCGGAGGGCAAGCUCUCUCCGCCCAAGCGGGCCACCCCGUCCCCCUGUGGCAGCGACGUCAGCGAGCCCAUCAAGAUGGAGGCGUCCAGCGACGGGGGCUUCCCGAGCCAGGAGCACAGCCCCAGCCCCGCGCGCGAUGGCGGCAAGGAGGGGAGCCCCCCGGCGGAGCCCCUGGAGAACGGCCAGGAGCUGGGCCAGCCCGUGGCCAGCAGCCUGAGCAGCAGCACCGCCAUCAUCACGGACCACCCGCCCGAGCAGCCUUUCGUGAACCCGCUGAGCGCCCUCCAGUCGGUCAUGAACAUCCACCUGGGCAAGGCCGCCAAGCCCUCCCUGCCCGCCCUGGACCCCAUGAGCAUGCUCUUCAAGAUGAGCAACAGCCUGGCCGAGAAGGCGGCGCUGGCCACGCCGCCGGCCCUGCCGCCCAGGAAGGCCGACCACCUAGACCGCUAUCUCUACCACGCCAGCCACGACCAGCCCAUCGACCUGACGAAGGGCAAGAGUGACAAAGGCUGCCCGGUGGGCUCGGUGCUUCUGUCGCCCACGUCCACGUCCCCGGCCACUUCCUCAUCCACGGUGACAACGGCGAAGACGUCUGCCGUCGCCUCCUUCAUGUCCAGCUCUCCGCUGCGCGAGAACGCCCUGUCGGACAUAUCCGACAUGCUGAAGAACCUGACCGAGAGCCACGCGUCCAAGUCCUCCACGCCCUCCAGCACCUCGGAGAAGUCUGACCUUGACGGGGCGACUCUGGAGGAGGCGGAGGAGGCGACGCCCGCGCAGAAGAGGAAGGGCCGCCAGUCCAACUGGAACCCGCAGCACCUGCUGAUCCUGCAGGCCCAGUUCGCGGCCAGCCUCCGGCAGACCGCGGAGGGCACGUUCAUCAUGUCCGACCUGAGCCCGCAGGAGCGCAUGCACGUCUCCAGGUUCACCGGGCUCUCCAUGACCACCAUCAGCCACUGGCUCGCCAACGUCAAGUACCAGCUCCGAAGGACAGGCGGGACCAAGUUCCUCAAAAACUUGGACACGGGCCACCCCGUGUUCUUCUGUAACGACUGCGCGUCACAGAUCAGGACUCCCUCCACCUACAUCAGCCACCUGGAGUCUCACCUGGGCUUCCGGCUCCGGGACUUGUCCAAACUGUCCACCGAACAGCUUAACAGUCAGAUAGCACAAACCAAGUCGCCCUCAGAAAAGCUGAUGACGUCCUCCCCUGAGGAGGACCUGGGCACCUCCUACCAGUGCAAGCUGUGCAACCGGACCUUUGCGAGCAAGCACGCGGUCAAGCUGCACCUGAGCAAGACGCACGGCAAGUCCCCGGAGGACCACCUUCUGUACGUGUCUGAGCUGGAGAAGCAGUAG